AUGGGGUUGUACGAGGUCGACGAGCCGAUCCUGGCGAGGUACCAGGGCGUAUGGUACGAAGGCAAGGUCGUGGAGACGGAACCCGCCACGGGCGCAACCGGCGAGGCGCGGUACAAGAUCCACUUCCAGGGUUGGAACAGCCGAUGGGACUAUUGGGAGGUCCAGUCGAGCGGCGAUCUGAUGGCGGACACGGAGGAGAACAGGGCCAAGAACAUGGGCAAGGGCAAGGGCAAGGGCGGCGCCAAGGCUGCCACCACCGGCGCGAAGGACGGGGCCAAGGAUGCGGCCAAGGAUGCGGGGAAGAAGAGGCCGAGCAAGGACGACGGGAAGAAGAGCGGCAGCAAAAAGGCGAAGACUUCCAAGAAGGCUGGCGACGCCGGCGCCGAGCCCGAGGCGGUCACCGCCGCGCCCGACGCCGCGCCCGAGCUCGCGCGGCUCAGGUUCAACCUCUCCACCUCGCUCAAGCGCGAGCUCAUCGCCGGGUGGGAGAAGAUCACCCGCGAGGAGAAGCUGGUGCGGCUCCCGCGAUCGGUCACCGUCUCCGCGGUGCUCGAGCGCUUCGAGUCGGAGACGAGGGCCAAGGCGAGAUCCCCGGAGCAGGCGGAGAUGGCGACCGAGAUUUCCUCGGGGCUCCGCGCGUACUUCGACAGGUCCUUGAGAGCGGUGCUCCUCUACGCCCAGGAGCGCACGCAGGCUGACGUUUUACUGACGGACGACGCGAGACUUCCGAGCGACGUGUACGGCGCCGAGCACCUCCUCCGACUCUUCGUCAAGCUCCCGACGCUGGUGCCCCUUAAAGACAUGGACGCGGACGCGACGCACCUGCUCCACGUGCGGCUCCAGGACUUCCUCAGGUGGCUGCAGCGAAACGCGGCGAGCUCGUUCGGGUGCGGGUACGUCGGGAGGGACGCCGACGGUCGCCCCACCGACGAAAUAAAGGAGCCCGAAAAGGUGAAAGAGUACGUCGCUCCCGUCGUGAAGGAGAAGAAGGAUAAGGCGUCGCACGGCGACGAGAAGGCUUCGCCGGACGAGAAGGCGACGCCGCCGGCGCCCCCCGCGGUCGAGCCCGAGCCCGUCGCGGCGUGA